CUAAACUAAAGGGGGUUAUAAAGGAAGUGCCAAAGCUCCUUUCCUAUCUAGAGAAUUCGAACAGCUCUUAUCAUGGCGGCCACUGAGGUAAUUCGAGGUCAUUUCACUAGGUUAGGAACCUUCCUAAACUAAACUGACUAUUCGACCGUACCACUAGUCUGCUCCAAGAGUCUAGCAAUGUAUGUGAGGUGUUCACGUGUUAGUUUACUAUAAUCCCCUGGUGUUUUAUACAGAUCGUAAGCAAUAAUGUCAGUGAAACACGCCAAGCCCAACUUGAGCCAGUCUCAGGUGGCUGAGAUGGUGAAGAGGCUCUUUAGGCUGACGGCAUCAGAAAUCAGCUCUCUUCCCAGCUACGAUGACCAAAACUUGUUCAUAGCUCCCAUCGAGGGUGGUGAGUACGUCCUGAAGAUAAUGAACUCAGAAGACAGUAAGAACCCCACCCUGGUUGAGGUGCAGACGCAUGCCAUGUCCUUCCUGAACCAGAAUGGACUUCCUGCCCAAACAGCGAUUCCAAACAUUUCAGGACAGCUGAUGAGCCUGGAAGAAAUAGAUUGUGGCUAUGGCAGUCAGAAAUACCUGGUGCGGCUGCUUACUUAUUUGCCUGGAACCACUAUAUCCAAGGUUCCUCUAACACCGCAGUUGCUGUUUGAAACUGGCAAGAUGGCAGCCACAAUGGACACAUUCCUACAAGAGAUGGCGCACCCUAACCUCGCCGUUCUGGAGAGAGAGAAUUUCAUAUGGAGUCUGUCAAAUCUUCCCCUCCUGGAAGCAUACAUGCAUUUAUUUGAUGGAGAUCCUCUGGAGAAAGUUGUGAAAUCGGUCCUUUAUCAGUACAAGAACUCUGUGAUCCCGAAACGCUGCAAUUUCCGAAAGUGCAUAAACCACGGUGACUUCAAUGACCUCAAUAUGCUCGUACAACCUGACGAGAGAGGUGGCCAUAGGAUUUCUGGCAUCCUUGACUUUGGGGACAUGAACAGCGGCUACUACAUCCACGAGCUAGCCAUCGCUAUCAUGUACAUGAUGACUGAGCACCCUAAACCCAUAGAGGUGGGUGGACCUGUCCUUGCAGGCUGGGAAAGUUUCCUUCCCCUCAACGAAGCUGAGAAAGAUUGUCUCUAUGUGCUGGUGCUGUCCCGCUUCUGCCAGUCGAUAGUUUUAGCUCGUUACUCUGUGAGCUUGCAUCCUGAGAACGCAGAGUAUUUGAUGAUAACGUCCAAGAAAGGUGUCCACAUUCUCCGUCAGCUAUGGGAGCUCGGAAAGGAGCAGGUGGAGAAGUUGUGGUUUCAGACUGCCGCUAAAUUCAGUGACAAAAAGUGAGAAGUAUGGUAAACUAUUCACACAUUUCAAAGUGCAAUAGGACUGAUUAGACAGAGCUACUUGUAAAAAAAAGUAUGCAUUUAGGAUUACCAGUUAAAACAAUACGUUGUGUUUUAAUAGUAAACUCACAACACAGUUUACUCUUGAGAUUCAGACAUAUUGUGGUAUGAAUAGUGCAGUGUCUGAAUCAUAUUUGGGUAAAUGUAGCAAAAGACUGUAUGCAAGUGGAAGUAUUGAUACUCUAUAAUGAAAAUGAAUCAUGUACUGCAAAAGCCUAAUAGCCAUCGAAACAAUAAGAAAAAAGGAUUAGAAAUCCUUUAGGAAAAAGGGCUUUGAGUACAUCCUCCUAAGGAAGAUGACUUUUUUAAACUAUAAUUUAAGAAACACAAUCAUGUGUGAUAGUUGCCUUACGUCAUGAGGGCUUAUACAGUCCAGAGGACUUGCAUAUCUAGGUGCUCCUUUGUAUGUUACCCAGCCACAUGGAUGGACAUUCAUUUUAUUACAUGUUGGAAAAUGCCAAAGGUGUAUCAAAUCAUGUUGAAAUAAAAACCUCUUUUUUAA